AUGGGAAAGAGAAGCAGAAGCAGAUCUUCAAGCUCCUCUUCGGACUCCGACUCCUCCGAGGAGAAGAAGGACAAGAAGAAGUCCAAAAAGGAGAAGAAGAAGGAGAAGGAAAAGAAGAAGAAGAAGGACAAGAAAAAGAAAAAAGACAAGAAGAAAGAUAAAAAGACACCUGGCAGCCUGAAAAUGUGCAUCAAUGGUUAUCAAGCUGAAAAUGGCAGUCGUGAGCACGAUGACAUUGACGAUGUGAGUGAAAGCAAUGAUGCCACGGCAGCGGAUAUUGACGACAGAGCGUCAUGUGCGACAUUGGAUCGGCACUGA